AAAAAAAUCUCUAACCUUGAAUCUACACGUCUGUCUUCAACUUCUCUAUGAAGAUUUUCAGCCUCCCUUUUCACAUGGUCCAUGAAAAUUUUCUCAUUUUUUCUGCUGGUAAAUUAAAUCAUAGCCUGUGAAGUUCCUCGGGAUUGGGUUAUUUGAUAAACCUUGUUGUGGCAUGAUUUAGUCAACUGAUUGACAAAAACCCUUCGAGUUGAAAGUUUGUUGUUGGUUUUCCUUGUCUUGUAAAGCUUGCUUGGAACUUGUAUAGUUCAAUCCAUUAGUACUUUUGGAUUCGCAGGAGAGUUUGUGAGAGUGAAGAAAAUGAUGGAAGCUUUUCUUGCUUCAGUUCAGAAAAAUAUAAAAUCUGAAGGAGAGGAAGUGAAAUCUGCAAUACUACCUCUAUUGAAGCUUAUAGCGCUUGCUCUCCCCGGUUUAAUUCUUGCUCACCCAAAAGUCCAACUUGUCCCUAAAGCUACUUUCAAGCUCCUUAGCAAGCUUGUUUUUGCUUUGUUCAUGCCUUGUUUAAUAUUCACUCAACUUGGUCCAUCCAUCUCUCUCAAGAAUAUUGUUCGCUGGUGGUUCAUUCCUGUAAAUGUAAUCAUUAGUACUGCCAUUGGUUGCAUAUUGGGUUGCUUGGUGGCGUUUAUAUGCCGGCCACCGAGGGAGUUUGUUCGAUUCACAAUCAUCAUGACUGCUUUUGGCAACACUGGCAAUAUUCCACUGGCAGUAGUUGCAUCAGUGUGUCACAGUUCUGAUGCUCCUUUCGGUCCGGAUUGUUAUGGAAAUGGUGUUGCUUAUGUAUCUUUUUCUCAAUGGGUCUCUGUUAUUCUCGUUUACACACUUGUUUACCACAUGAUGAAGCCCCCAUUGGAGCAGUAUGAGAUUGUUGAUGAAGAGAUAGAGAUUGAGUUAGUGCCUGCUGAUCUCAGUAAGCCUCUCCUUGUAGAAGCUGAGUUUCCAGGAAUAGAAGAAAAGGAAACUGAACAUAGCAAGACGCCUUUCAUUCCUAGCCUCUUCAAUAGCGUCUCUGGCAUUUCACAAACAAAUUUUCCUGAUCUUGAAGCAAUAGAAGAGGGAAGAGAGGAGGGAGGUGAAAGUAGCUCCAAGUCCAUUAGGUGCUUGGCAGAACGUAGGGUGGCUAGAAAGAUUAGAGUUGUUGCUGAACAGACACCAAUUCAUCACAUUCUCCAGCCUCCAACAGUUGCUUCUUUCUUAGCUAUUGUUAUUGGAGUGAUCCCUGCUCUCAGACAUAUGGUUUAUGGUGCCCAUGCUCCUCUUGAAGUUAUCACAGACAGUUUAGGUACGAUGGCUGAUGCCACAGUGCCAUCUGUCAUGCUUAUUCUCGGGGGAAUGCUUGGUGAGGGUCCAAAUGAAUCGAAACUUGGGAUUCGGACCACGAUUGGCAUUAUUGUUGCAAGGCUGUUGGUGCUUCCUGUAAUUGGAAUUGGGGUCGUCUAUUUGGCUGAUAAAUGGAAUUUCUUAAUCGCCGGGGACCGAUUGUACCAGUUUGUGCUUUUGCUGCAAUACACUACACCUAGUGCCAUUUUGUUGGGAGUUAUUGCAAGCUUGAGAGGUUAUGCAGUUAAGGAGGCUUCAGCACUCUUGUUCUGGCAGCAUGUGUGCGCUGUGCUCUCUCUUUCGAUAUAUAUCAUUGUCUACUUUAAACUGCUUUUUUCGUAUAUCUGAGGUUUUUCUUUAACCAUCAUGUUUAAUGCUUCCCAGUUGUAUGUAUAAAUUUAUGCACUGGGCAUGAAUUUCUGAUUAAGAUGAACACAGAACCUUAUUUGAGCAUGAAUGAUUUGUGUAAUUGGUAAAA